AUGUUGAAAAUAAUAACCAUCUUUAUGCUUUAUGUCAUACUAAUGAUGACAAUUAAUUCAAUCGAGUCGCGACCCCAAAAUGCACUCGGCAACGAUCAGGAUCUAGAUAAUUUUGGACAGGAUGUCGACGAAGUACGUAAUAGCUACUAUGAGCUCCCAGUGCCUUCAACUUACUCUGCCGUUCCUUUUGAUCGUCUGCAAAUGYUAAUCGCACAAUAUAGACCCACAUCUUAUAUUCGCACACCGGGGUGGAGCAGCGGCAUGAACGAACUUUUCCGUAUGCCUGAGACAAAACGCCAAGUCAGAUAUCGUCAAUGCUACUUUAACCCUAUUUCCUGCUUUAAAAAAUAAAAUGCUUUGUGGUGUGACCAAAAUUACGAACUCCAAAACAAAUGCCGAAACUUUCUUAGAUACAUAUAUAAGCUUGUAAUUGUAAAUAUAUGUUAAACACAAAUAACAAAAAUAUUUAAAAUAUUAAGCAGUUCGCUAUUUAAAAAGUAAUUUAGAAUCAACAUUUCAAACAGAAUGCUUCUUUGAUCAUCCUCAAUAUUUACAUACAUCAUAAUGAAGUGUUUUUCCUACCUUCCUUCACAUGUUAACUAAUGUUGAAUGCCAUAAAAGUGUAUCCAAAAAUAUAUCUAAAUGUAUAUAAGUGCAUUAUUAUAGUAUACAGAUAUUAAUAAUCAAAAUAUACCUACU